AUGCUCAUAACAACACAUGGUAAAGAGCUUGGUAGAGUCAGUAUGGUGGAUCCACGUGGAAAUGUUGUACUUGAUGAAUAUGUUAGACCUUACGGUCAAGUCAUUGAUUAUAAAACACCAUGGAGUGGGCUAACACCAUAUAAUAUUCAAUCUGCAAAGUGUGAUUUAUAUGAUAUCCAAAGAGCUCUUUUGAACUUUCUUUGCACUGAUGAUGUUUUGAUUGGACAUGCUUUUUAUCAUGAUCUGAGAGUAUUAAAUCUGAGACAUCCAAGGAUUAUUGACACGAUUGAUAUAUAUGGGAAUGUCGCCUUGAAAACACUAGCACGUAACUAUCUAGGAAUCAACAUUCAAAACGGUCCUCACGAUUCUGUUGAAGAUGCAAGAGCUACAAUGGACUUGGUGAGAGCUAGAGUCUUCAAUUAG